AUGUGGAGCAACGGUUUUGAUUCGGCGAUAGAGCAUCGGCGGUUAUGCAAGCACGGGUACGUACCGGUGGUGCGCGUGCGGCUGGAGGGCACGGAGCACACGUGCGGUCGGGGCGGGCGCGAGACGCGGAGUGCGGCACUCUCACACCACCCUCGUGCUGAUGGUCGUGUGCGCCCCCCCUCCCCCGGCCCCUCCUCCCACACCUCAGCCCCCUCCACCACCGUCAACAGCACCACUGACACCGCUCUCUGCUCUCCUCUCAGCCGCAGAGCCGAAAAACUUCCGUUACCUGAAAAGUGA